AUGGGUUUGUACCCCCUGGCAGGGCCGUCCCCGACAUCGUCCAUCCACGUGUACACGCAGCGGGAGGUGUAUGGCACCGUUGGCUCCCACGUCACCCUCUCCUGCAGCUUCUGGUCCAGCGAGUGGAUCUCCGAGGAUAUCUCCAUCACCUGGCACUUCCAAGCUGAGGGCUCCCGCGACAGCAUCUCCAUAUUCCACUAUGCCAAGGGCCAGCCCUACAUCGAUGACGUGGGCAGCUUCAAGGAGCGGAUGGAGUGGGUGGGCAAUCCCCACCGCAAGGAUGGCUCCAUCGUCAUCCACAACCUGGACUACACCGACAAUGGCACCUUCACCUGCGAUGUCAAGAACCCCCCUGAUAUCGUGGGCAAGUCCUCCCAGGUCACGCUGUAUGUCUUCGAGAAAGUGCCCACCCGCUACGGCGUCGUGCUGGGCUCCAUCAUUGGCGGGGCUCUGCUGCUGGUGGCCGUGGUGGUGGCCCUCAUCUAUCUCAUCCGCUACUGCUGGCUGCGGCGGCAGGCAGCCCUGCAGCGACGGCUGAGUGCCAUGGAGAAAGGGAAGCUGCAGCGAUCUGCUAAGGACGCGUCCAAGCGCAGCCGGCAG